UCUAUUAGCUCAUCCCUCUCGUAACGUUCAUUAAGUCUUCUUUCAACAUGGAUGAUGCCUCAUCCUCCUCAGCGGAUACAACAACCCCAGCUUCCUGGCCACGAUCUUUCAGACUCCACAUCCCGACCAAUGCGACUCCAUACAACCCAGCACAGUUCAGCCAGACACUCUUUCGCGGCCCAGGUAACCGACAAGUAAGACUCCUCUACAGCGACAACUUCGUCACAUCCGAAGCCAUAGCCCGGCUAUUUCUAAAAGAGACCAUCGUCGGCUUCGAUAUGGAAUGGAUCUAUCCGACACCUCCAUGGCCUACGCUGCAGCAGCGCGUCUCACUCAUCCAAGUUGCGAGCGAGGAUAAAGUCGCUCUUUUUCACAUCGGUCGACAUGCUGGAAACACGCCAACGCAGCUCAUCGCACCUUCGUUGCGCGAAUUGAUCGAAAGCCCAGAUAUCCGGAUGACGGGUCAAUCCAUCAUGGUCGAUUGCGCGCGAUUAAAACAGUAUUUCGGGUUGCAACCAAGAACGGUGUCCGAGCUCAGCUACCUCCACAUCCUCGUCACAGACCAUCCUGACAGCAACAUGACCAUGAGAUAUGUUCGCGGCGGCUUGCAGUUUCUCGUUCAAGAUUACUUUCCGGGCCUGACUUUGGUCAAAGAUAACACCACGCACGGAAAUUGGACCUCACCGCUAACCGAGAGGCAGCUGGACUAUGCAGCUGCCGAUGCAUAUGCCAGCUUGAUGGUUUGGCACAUUAUGAACGCCACGAGGCUGAAUAUGCAGCCGCGCCCUCCGCUUCCGAGAAACAUCGACGAAUACCUCGAAAUGGUUGGACGUGGUUGGCCUCCUGAGUACUUCAUUGAGCUCGAGCCACUUGUACCGGGCGCGAUCAAUAUGACGGCCCGCGAUUUCUUCCUGAUACAUGAAAGUUUGGGAGAAGAUGAAACUCUUGCAAUAGAUCUCGACAGCACGGCAGAGCAGCUGUACCAAAGUCUUGCUCAGGCGCGCGAAGCCGCUGCCCGCAGAAUGGGCGUUCCACCGCGCUAUGUCGCGGCCGAUUCGGCACUGCGUGUCAUGGCGAAGAUGCGGCCUCAAACUGAGAGAGAAUGCAGACAACUACCGAGCUUGGGAAUCAGAAAGCAUGGUAUCUUUGCGGGGAUCUGGGUUGAUGCUAUUCUCCGGUUUAUGGAGGAUGAGGCGCGAGGUGUCGAGAAGGAUGAGGACCAGCCCCAAGAUGGGGCGAGGAACGAAAAUGAGCACGAUACUGAGCAAAGAUUGGACUGAACCGCCGGAUAAUGUAGUGCCUACUGCGAGCGAUCAACCGGAUACACAAGCGGAAGCUUCGAAUGCGGGUGAAAUGAACAAGCUAUCACCAUCCGCAGAAUGCAAGCAGCAGAACGAGUUUACCACUGCUUCGUCUGCCGCAACAGCGCCCACUACCAGCAAUCAAUCGAUCGCACAAGUGGAAGCGUGC